AUGCUUGACCGAAUUCCAAAGGUUGAGAGAUUCCUGUUUGAGUUGUCUAUUAUGUUUGAAAAGUUGCCAAUGGAGCUGUCUGGUUCGGCCGGGUCAGCGACUAUGGAGGGUGACACCUCCAUGGGCAGUCAAAGCAGCCAAGAAGAUUCCGCACUUAAAUCUGCCCCUGGUCAGACCUUGCAAAGCGAUAUCAACCGGGGGAUUGAGGAGGCACGAGAGCUGCAAAACCCGGUUACUCAAUUUGUGAACUUGCAACGGUGGUUCGAAGUAAAGCGACAAGACGAUGCCCUGAUAAAGUAUGUCCAGAAUGAACUGCAGAAUGAAAACAUUGACUGUGACAAAUUCAUGGUCAUUGGCCACGACUAUAUUGGCGACAACUUGCAGAACCGCAGAGGCACUGCUGCUAUACAAGCUCGCUUUGCAAAUUUCCCAGGCUACUAUGACAGAAACAGAACCAACAUCACGUUUCAAUAUGCAGGAAUUUUGAGUCACAAAACUCCACCAGCACUCAAGUUCCAGACCGAGGUCAAAAUUUUGAGGGAUUGGUACGGUCCUCCAUCUUUGGGCCAACAAGAUGACGGAGGCUACCGAACGAUUGACAUCAACUACGCGGGAGUUGGUCCUUCAGCAGAGGUUGGCACAGUACUUGAUAGAGCUGGUCCUGACUUCCACGAGUCUAUCUUUGCUGCUAUGCACCGUAGAUUCGGUCAACAAUUUUCGGGUGCAGCGUGCAGUGACAUUUCAACGGAAAUUCGGCAUAUCUAUGGCGGCGAUGGACUGAGUCCGCUGCUGAAUGACCUUGGUGCGCUGAGCCUCGACGAGAUGGAAAAGCUUGAUGCGAAAGAGACUGAACAUGUCACACAAAAAGUCAAGAGGUUGAAUUUUUAUAACUUGGAAGGGAGGGUCCCUGGAGUAAGCAAAAAUUUCAUGGCAGCAGCUGCACUCCGGUUUUAUCCGGGGAAGUGUACCAUAAAGCCCCCCGCAGACAGCAAGCUACCGGUUGGUAGCCAUGUCCCACUCCCACUUUGCUCUGAACCGUCUGAAAAAAUUGCCCCGGUUCUAAGAGAGAAGCCUAUGCCAUGCUCAAACAGAGAAUUUGAUGUUGCUCCAAGCAAUUGCAGGUUCAACCUCAAUCUUGUGAUUGGAAAAAGACUUGGAACGUCUCAGGAGCAAGGAAUCCGAAUAUUCAGUAAAAAAAGGGUAAAAUUUGCUGGCUGCAUGUACCCACAUGACUUGGAGCAGAUACCAGAGCAUCAACGCGACUUCUUCCAACAGUUUGCUAAAUCUUUUCCCAGGGAUGGCGACGGUUUCUACACCUUCCCUGAUGUCUUUGAGAAGCCGACAUGUCACACAAUGGAAGAGGCCAAGGAGGCUGUGGACAUUAUCGUGGACGGUUUGUUUCAGAGCAUAGCUCAAAGAACACAGGGUCAUGUGCCAAUGUCAUACGGAUUUCCUGAUUACAAGAAGAAGCUGGUUGAAGAGCAAUGGAAGGUUGAACCCAACCCAGACAAAUCCCAUGAAGAUGCAACAUCCUUCACCCUUCCGACCAGACGGGAGGUUAAAGCUUGGAAUAGUUAUCACGGAGCUUGGAUCCAAUACGACAAAACAGUCAAAGCGUCGACUUCAGUCAAUGACCAGCACACAGCACAAACUCCCAAAAAGUUACGAGAGGGUGAAAAUGCUCAUGAACUACGCUCUCAAUACUACCUUGCAGUCGCAGAGAACGGUUCUGGCGGUGAAACACCCACCGGCAUGGUGCUUGCUAGGGAAUAUUUAUUGAGCACCAUCAAGAGAGAACAAAGCAACAACACAACCGUCUUUGUCCUUCAUGCAGUAAGGAAAGAUUUGAUUACCAUCAUGACAAAAAUCCUAAAACACCACUGUAUUGAGUUCUCAACCGAGGGGGCCAGCUUCAUGGCGUGCCAAAUCGUCGGCGAUGUUGAAUCCACGAUUCCGGGUUUUGCUGGUGAGGUGACUCUGGAUAGUGUCCACCCUGCAUGGGGAGGAAAGUUUGGUCUAUCCCGAUUUGAUGUUCGAAGUGGGAAGUCUUUCGCGAAGAGGCUUGAAUUUGUAUAUCAAGGAGCAAAGAAUGCCCGCAACAAGCUUUGCACGAGCGACCUACUCACCAACCUAAUUGAGCUGGUGCUUCAAGGGUACGUUCCAAUCGAGGAGCCCGUCACAGUCUAUGACGAAGCAGUUCACUUUAUCAACUUGAGGACUGGAGAGCCGUACAACUACAAAGGAACAGAGCACGAAGGUUGCAAAGGAGGAACAGGUAUUGCACAGGCCCACACAACCAGAACCGUAUCAAGGCAGCGUGUUCAGACUAAGCUUUGUACCCACCCCGUUCCGGGAUCUGAUGAUCAAAGAGCGUUUCUAAAACCAAGUGAACCUUUCUUUGAUGCAAUUUUGGCAUCGGUUGACGCUUUGGAUGAGAACUCUAUUGUUGGCGACUAUCCUAGCCAGAUGCAUUAUUAUCGACCAUGCUGGUAUGGAAAUAAUGCGCCUGCGUUCGCUGCCUCUUGGUAUACUUGGGCAAACUUGGAGCCUUUCAGUAAAACAUUCUUCUAG